AAAUGCCUUGCUUCCAAACAAAUUCCGUCAACUGAAUUUGCUGUUUCAAACCGGAAAACUGUGGAAUUACGCCGAACCAAACGCGCCUGAAGAAAUGUGCUCAGCUUUGGCCGGAAAACAGCUUCGCUUUCCCCUAUGGUCGCCUUCUCUGGGAGAUGUCGGAAAAUAUCCAACCUUUCCCAUUCUUUCUGCUAUUUUUCUUUGUAUUCUCACCUAAUCCUUAUUCUUCUAUCUCCUUUAUCAUCACCGCCGCCACAGCAUCCAACCUACCGCCGCUGAAGCCGCCGCCGCCGCCGCCUGAAAAAGAAGUUAUACUCGAUCUUAAGAAUUUCCUCCUCGUAAAUAACCGCAUAAACCCCGGCCAGUACGCCGGAUGGAACGAGUCCGAUCCAUCCCCUUGCCGUUGGUUCGGCAUCUCAUGCAACUCCAAUGGCCGCAUCACCGGUAUCAACCUCAACAACUCCAAUAUUAACGGCUCCAUCUUCCCCCACUUCUAUCUUCUUCCAGAGCUCACUCACCUCGACUUAUCAAGCAACAGUUACUUCGGCCAAAUCCCGACGGAACUCACCCAAUGCCGGGGCCUCCGGUAUCUGAAUCUAUCCCACAAUUUCAUCGACGGUGAACUCAUCCUUUCGGGCUUCCCCCUUCUUAAUACCCUCGACGCCUCCUUUAACAGAUUAAAAGGUCGCUUCUUGGAUACCUUCCCGGAGAAAUGCGGCAGUUUGGUUUUUAUCGACAUCUCGUCGAACAAUUUUACCGGCGAGAUAGGAGACUAUUUUGACGGAUGCAGGGCGGGAUUGCGGUAUCUGGAUUUAAGCUUAAAUGGGUUCACAGGGGAGUUGUGGAGGGGAUUUUGGUUUCUUAGGGAAUUCUCGGCGUCCGAUAACCAUUUCAGAGGAGUAAUCUCGCCGGAGACAUUCCCGGCGAGGUGCAACCUGGAAGCUCUGGACCUGUCUGGCAACACGCUGAGCGGGAAUUUCCCAGAUUCGAUUGCUAACUGCUCAAAUCUCACAUCUUUGAAUAUUUGGGGGAAUUUCUUCACCGGUUCGAUUCCUUCCGGUGUCGGGUUGCUUACAGAGCUCGAAUCUCUCUUCCUCGGAAACAAUAGCUUCGAGAGGGAUUUGCCAGUAAAGCUUCUUAACUGCAAGAAACUGAAAUUUCUUGAUCUCAGCCGGAAUCAAUUCGGCGGAGAAAUCCAGGAAAUAUUCGGGGAACUCACUUCCCUCAACUUCUUAAUACUGCAUUCGAAUUCGUAUACCGCGGGAAUCGAAGAAUCCGGAGUGCUAAAUCUCCCAAAUCUACUCCGGCUUGAUCUCAGCUUCAACAAUUUUUCCCGUAAGCUCCCUGCUGCCGCCGCCGAUAUGCCGGUGAUUAUGCUAUUGAUCCUCUCUCACAAUGAUUUUUAUGGUGGAAUCCCUCCAGAGUACGGAGGGAUCUCAACGCUGCAGGUGCUGGAUCUCUCCUUCAAUAGGCUUAGCGGCGAAAUUCCUCCGCAAGUCGGGAACUUGACCUCGUUACUAUGGCUCAUGCUCGCGAACAACGAAAUCACCGGAGAAAUCCCGAUGGAGAUCGGUCAAUGCAGCAGCCUCAUAUGGUUAAACCUAGCCAACAACAGCCUCUCCGGUCGAAUCCCGCCGGAGAUAUCGACAACUGGGCGGUCUCCGUUGCCGACGUUCGCAAAAAAUAAACGAUUUGGCGACCUCGCUGCCGGGUCCAGCGAGUGUCUAACGCUCAAACGGUGGUUUCCGGCGAGCUUCCAACCGUUUAGCUUCAUCUACAACGGGAUGACACGGAAGAGGUGCAGCAAGACCUGGGAUCAACUCCUCAAGGGCAUUGGCCUCUUCCCUGUUUGUUUAAAUUCCUCAAAGCCAUUUCAAACGUUAGACAGCUCCGGCUACCUCAGGCUUUCCAGCAACCUUCUCUAUGGGGAACUACCACCCGAGAUUGGUUCAAUGAAAAGGCUCAGCCUGCUGGAAAUAGAGGGCAACGACCUCUCUGGUUUGUUACCUUCGAAAAUCGGCUCGCUUCCACUCAUCGAGCUUGACGUCUCCAACAACCAGUUCUCCGGCCAAAUUCCCCCAGCGAUUGGCCAAAUCCAGUGCCUUCAAAGCUUAGACCUUUCCCUAAACAAUUUUUCCGGCGAGUUUCCGUACAGUCUCAACGAUCUCUCCUUCCUCAACAAGUUCAACGUCUCCUUCAACCCCUUGCUCUACGGCGUCAUUCCCAUGAGCAGCCAUAUCACAACUUUUGGCAACAGCUCCUUCUUCGGAGAUCCUCUCAUCUCCUUCUACCCUCAGAACGCCAUGCCUCCACCCUCCACCACCGUCUAUGGCCGCCAGUCCUCAGGUAACAUGAUCUCCUUAUGGGUCUUCGUCGCCUUAACCUUGUUUAGCUUACUGUUCGGCAUCGCUUUCCUUUUCCUCUGCCUCACAAGCCGAAGUCGAUCAGCAAUCGAUCCUCUCUUACAUUCCAACCAAGAUCCCACAUUUUCCCAAUCAGAGAAUCUAAUUUUAGAUCAAAAUUCGAUAUUUCCUUCUCCUUCGGGGUCUUCUUCCUCGCAGCCUUCCAGCGUCCCUAUCGUCAGCGUGCGCGUGUACGGAAUGAACAAAACAGCCUUCACUUACCCUGACAUCGUGGCGGCGACCCAAAACUUCUCCUCCGACAAGUUGAUCGGCCGUGGAGGUUGCGGCGAGGUAUAUUCCGGUGAUCUCCCGGACGGCCGGCGAGUGGCAAUCAAGAAAUUACAGAGAGGAGGUUAUGAAGGGGAGCGACAAUUCCGUGCAGAGAUGGAGACGCUAGCUGGUGGUCACCCCAAUCUCGUUGCACUCCACGGAUGGUGCCUCGCCGGCUUCAAAAAGCUCCUUAUCUACGAAUACAUGGAAGGUGGAAGCUUGGAAGAUGUCAUCAAAGACCAAAACGGAUUCCAAUGGGAGCAGAGAAUGGCGGCAGCAGUGGCGGUGGCACAAGCAUUGGUGUACCUCCACCACGACUGCUCGCCGGCGGUGCUGCAUCGCGAUGUUAAAGCUAGCAAUGUGUUGAUGGAUGGGAAAGGAGGAGUUAAAUUAACGGACUUUGGGUUGGCGAGAGUCGUGGUGGAUGGGACGAGUCAUGUGAGCACAGUGGUGGCGGGUACGGUGGGUUAUGUGGCGCCGGAGUACGGGCAGACAUGGAAGGCGACGACGAAAGGAGAUGUGUAUAGCUUCGGCGUGCUGCUCAUGGAAUUGGGAACGGCGAGGCGGGCGGUGGAGGAGGGAGAGGAGGAGGGGCUAGUGGAAUGGUGGAGACGAGUGGGGGUGGAAGGGGUGAUGGCGGGGAUGGAGGGAUGGGGAGAGGAAGGUAGAGAGGUGAUGAGGGCGUUGGUGAGGGUGGGGAUAAGUUGCGCGGCGGAGGCGCCCCUACGGCGGCCAGAGAUGAGGGAAGUGUUGACAUUAUUGUUGAGUGUCGCGUCGAGGGAGGAGAAAUGUGGUAGCCUGCAGUUAACUGGAUGAGGAUCCGUUCAAAUUUUGCCAUCCCCAUUAAAUUCUUUCUCCGGAUCUUCGAGCCUGCUCCAAUGUGAAUCUCAUCUCUUUCUAUCUCACUGUAAUUUUUUCUCUCCCGCCGCAACUUUCUCUUCAAUGUGCAAAUCCGAACG